AUGGCUCUUCCCAUUACUCCACCGGAUCCACUUGGGGACCCCCCCUCAACUUUCGACUCACCCUCACCUCACUCCACCACCCCAUCCAGCCCCACCACCUCACAACGCACGUACUCGGUCGCUGCUACUCUCGCACCUACUGCUCUUCUUCCUCACCAACCUCGUAUCAUAUAUGGCGAUUCCAUUGAUGGGUUAUCACGCAUCUGGUGUGCUGGUACCGCACCCCACACUGUUUUUUAUAACGCUCCUCUUCCCACUUCUCCUCUCCACAAUGCCUUCUGGCAUGCCCUGAAAAGCUCUGCUUUUGCAGACUCUAUCAUAAAAGUUACUCUUCCCAGUCGUUCUGCUCCUACUGCUCUCGAGGUCCAAUUCCUUGACGCUGUUUCCUGUGCUAUUAUGUGUGUGCAUCCUAUUUUUGUUUCUGAUCAACACUUCCCAGCCUGUAUUGCCGUUGCUCCUGGUCGCAAGGUAUAUCGGGUAACAUUGUCUCGACUCCCUGGUGUUCGUUAUCCUGAUUCAGUAACUGGACUUCAACGGUGCCUUGCCCCUUUCGGAAUUGUACGCGAAAUUGUGGUCUGCGAGAGUUAUACCUUUUUCGAUGGCACUGGCAGUGUCCUCCUUGAACGACCCAACCCACCAGCUCAGCAAGUCGCCAAGCUUGCCUACGAGAUUUCUUACAACGACAACACUACCAUCCUUGGAGAAUGGGCACAUAUGGGCUCCCAUUGCAAAUACUGCAAACAAAUGGGCCACGACAUUGAUGCCUGCCCUGCACACUCUUCAGAAACACGCACCUGUCAUAGCUGCAACAAGCCUGGCCAUUUGCAAGCUAACUGUCCCCACGUCUCCGAACCUGGUUGUAGGUCAGCAACCACUAACAAACGCUCUCGCCACCUCAACCGUGUUCCUCACCAGAAUCGCAUUGUGCUGCCCCGCCCCCUGACAACUAAUCUCCCCACUGGUACAUCUGCGGAUUCCAUCCACAAUCCGGCUAACAAAGCUUCAUCUUCUCUUCUGCCAAUUGAACCACAACGCAAAGCCAAGGUAGUCAACCAUGCUGAAGAGGAAACACCAUCCGACAACACCACCUAUAUUGUAGAUCCUGAAGACGACACAAUGCUUGACGCCCUUCCAGAACAGGUAAAUUCUGACAAAGCCCAAUUGCAACAGGAGCCUGAGAAGGCCGCCAAUGAGCAGGCUCUCCUGGAGGCUAUUCAGGCUACUGAAACUGAAAGAGUACGUCGUCUUACCCGACAUAUGCCCAACCGCAACACGAGACGCAGUCUUUCCACGUCCCCCACACGCAGGAACACUGCCUCUCGUAACUCUUCACUCUCCCCUCCACCCCGGUUCACCCAUCAAGCCCUCGGCGCAGAGGCCAAAUCUAACCAAUGA